CUCUCUCUCUCUCUCUCGUGUAUAAACCCUAAUUAUCAUAAUAUGGUGACCACUCUGUGAUUCUCUGCUCUAACGUUAUCCACAGUUUUUUUUCCCGAAAAAGUUCCUCAAGAAAAAGAAAGAAAGAAAGCCCUCUUUGAUUCCCGCGCCACGUGAUUGGGUCGUUAUCAGAUAGCACUAUCACGUAAUUAAGUUGAUGAUUUGCAGUUAUGGGCGGAGAAUUGGAAGUUAAUGGAAAGGGUGAUCUGAAAGCACCAUUUUUGCGAUCAUCAGAGAGUGUUGCAGUUAGCCUUUCUCCUCCAAUUCAUAAAGGGGAUGACAAAGUUAAGACUAUAAAAUUCCUGAUAAGAGGCAUCAAAUGUGCAUCAAGUUCAACAUCCAUAGAAUCUGCACUCCGGAAGCUUAAUGGUGUAAAAAAUGCUAUGGUUUCACCACUUGAAGGCCAAGCUGUGGUCAGAUUCAUGCCAGACCUCAUCACUGCAAAAACAAUUAAAGAAACUGUGGAAGCCACAGGUUUCCAAGUUGGUGAAUUCCGCAACCAAGAUAUAGCAGUAUGCCGACUUAGAAUUAAAGGGAUGGCAUGCACAAACUGUUCUGAGUCUUCUGAGCAUGCCCUUUCCAUGGUUGAUGGAGUGAAAAAAGCAGUCGUGGGUCUGGCCUUGGAAGAAGCAAAAGUUCACUUUGAUCCAAAUGUCACCAAUACUGAUCGUAUAAUUGAAGCAGUAAAGGAUGCUGGCUUUGGAGCUGAUCUCAUAAGUUCUGGAAAUGAUGUGAAUAAAGUGCACCUACAACUUGAAGGAAUCAAGUCCGCUAAAGAUUUGAUUAGUAUUCUAUCCUCCCUUGAGUCAUUGGAAGGAGUUAAUCAUGUUGAAAUGGACAUGGAACACCAUAAGGUUAGUGUUAGCUAUGACUCAGAUAUCACAGGACCAAGGUCUCUUAUAAAUCGCAUUCAUGAAGCAGGCGGCAGCUCCAACUUUUACAAUGCAAGUGUGUACAUCCCACCACGACCUAGAGAAACAGAGAGGCAGCAUGAAAUCCAGACACAUAGAAUCCAGUUCUUAUGGAGUUGUUUAUGUUCAGUUCCGGUUUUUAUUUUCUCCAUGGUACUUCCCAUGCUUCGGCCUUAUGGGAACUGGUUAGACUAUAAGGUUCACCACAUGCUCACUGUUGGGAUGCUUAUAAGAUGGGUUCUUUGCACGCCAGUGCAAUUUAUCGUUGGCCGAAGGUUUUAUGUGGGAUCAUAUCAUGCUCUGAGACGAAGAUCUGCUAACAUGGAUGUUCUGGUUGCAUUGGGCACUAAUGCUGCUUACUUUUACUCAGUAUAUGUAGUGACAAAAGCUUUGACUUCAGAUACUUUUGAAGGGCAGGAUUUCUUUGAGACUAGUGCUAUGUUGAUAUCAUUUAUUCUCCUAGGAAAAUAUUUGGAAGUUGUGGCUAAAGGAAAGACAUCCGAUGCUUUAUCGAAGUUGGCUGACCUUGCCCCUGAUAUAGCUCACUUGUUAACAUUGGAUGGUGAUGGUAAUGUCGUCUCAGAGAUGGAAAUCAGCACUCAACUACUACAGAAGAACGACAUAAUUAAGAUUAUCCCUGGGGGGAAGGUUCCUGUUGAUGGCAUUGUUAUUAAUGGUCGGAGUCAUGUGAAUGAGAGUAUGGUCACGGGAGAAGCAAUGCCAGUAACUAAAAGUCCUGGUGACAAGGUUAUUGGUGGAACCGUGAAUGAGAAUGGAUGUUUACUUGUUAAGGCCACUCAUGUUGGUGCAGAGACUGCGCUUUCCCAGAUAGUCCAGAUAGUUGAAGCUGCUCAGCUUUCCAGAGCACCUGUUCAGAAGCUAGCUGAUCAGAUUUCGAAGUAUUUUGUACCUACAAUUGUUCUGGCUGCAUUUAUAACAUGGUUGGGAUGGUUUAUCACCGGUGAAGCUGGUAUCUACCCUAAGCAUUGGAUACCAAAAGCCAUGGAUGCUUUUGAGCUUGCACUGCAAUUUGGCAUUUCGGUACUGGUUGUUGCAUGUCCCUGUGCUCUGGGGCUAGCAACCCCUACAGCAGUCAUGGUUGCCACAGGCAAGGGAGCUUCACAAGGGGUUCUUAUAAAGGGUGGAAAUGCACUUGAAAAGGCUCACAAGGUAAAAACAGUUGUUUUUGAUAAAACAGGGACAUUGACUAUUGGAAAGCCAGCAGUGGUAGGUGCCAUGCUCUUUUCGAAAUUCUCCGUGGAGGAAUUCUGCGAUGUGACUAUUGCUGCAGAGGCAAAUAGCGAGCACCCAAUAGCAAAAGCUGUGUUGGGGCAUGCGAAGAAGAUAAGGCAGAAUUACGGGUCUCGAACGGUACACAUCAAGGAGGUGAAGGACUUUGAAGUGCACCCAGGAUCCGGGGUAGGUGGAAAAGUUGGAGAGAGAAGGGUAUUUGUUGGGAACAAGAGGCUUAUGCAGUCUUUUAAUGUCUCAAUUGAUCUUGAGGUUGACAACUACAUUUCAGAUGCUGAGCAACUGGCUCAUACGUGUGUUCUAGUUGCCAUUGACCAAAAGGUUGCUGGAGCUUUUUCCGUGACUGAUCCGGUGAAACCUGAGGCUGAACGUGUCAUAGCUUAUCUCCAAUCAAUGGGAAUCUCGAGCAUCAUGGUCACUGGGGAUAACUGGGCUACAGCAACUGCAGUAGCGAAGCAGGUUGGAAUUCAGAAAGUGUUUGCUGAGACUGAUCCAUUGGGAAAGGCCAAUAAAAUAAAAGAUUUGCAGAUGGAGGGUAUGACGGUGGCCAUGGUGGGAGACGGAAUAAACGAUUCCCCAGCCUUAGUUGCUGCAGACGUUGGAAUGGCAAUUGGCGCUGGUACAGACAUAGCCAUAGAAGCUGCUGACAUAGUUCUCAUCAAGAACACCUUGGAAGAUGUAAUCACAGCCAUACACCUGUCCAAAAAGACAAUGUCCCGUAUUCGACUCAACUAUGUUUGGGCACUCGGAUACAAUGUACUUGGCGUGCCUGUUGCUGCGGGGAUUUUGUUCCCCUUCACCGGGGUCCGCUUACCCCCUUGGCUGGCUGGUGCUUGCAUGGCUGCUUCAUCGAUUAGCGUGGUUUGUUCUUCGCUCCUUUUGCAGUAUUACAAGAAGCCUUUUAACCUGAGAAUCAACAAGUAGCUUCAUAGUCGAGGUAUUAGCUUGCAUUAGCAAUUAGUUGGUAAAUAUCAUGAACCAGGAAAUUUUCUGUGAUUACAAGACUAAUUUGCAAUUCGAUUUAAUUAGUCACCCUGCUUGAAUCGAGAAUCCCGUGCACUUACUGGGAUUUAGUAAUUGCUCCAUCGAGAAAAUAUCUUGAAUCUCAACUUCGUUUGCUAUUGUUCUCA